UUUCGGUGAAAUCUGUUGAAAUUGAGGGUUUAUAAAUGGCGUAGGCAUUAAGCGCAGUGCGUAGAAAUCCGAUCGACAUAGCCUCAAAACCGUAGCAGCAAACAUAUGACCAUUAUCUCCUCCGACAUGGAUCCACGUGAGGAAGUCCUUCAAGCAUGGUACAUGGAUGACAGUGACGAAGAUCAAAGACUUCCCCAUCACAAAGAACCCAAUGAGUUUGUCUCAUUGGACCAACUUGCUGAACUUGGAGUCCUUAGCUGGAGGUUAGAUGCUGAUAACCAUGAGACAGACCCAGAACUGAAAAAGAUUCGUGAAGAACGUGGUUACAGCUACAUGGAUGUUUGUGAGGUCUGCCCCGAAAAGUUGCCAAAUUAUGAAGAGAAGAUCAAGGGCUUCUUUGAAGAACAUCUUCACACUGAUGAGGAGAUCCGCUAUUGUGUUGCUGGAAGUGGCUAUUUUGAUGUCAGGGAUCGCAAUGAUGCUUGGAUUCGUGUAUGGGUGAAGAAAGGAGGAAUGAUCAUCUUACCUGCUGGAAUUUAUCAUCGCUUUACACUUGAUGAGAGCAACUACAUUAAGGCUUUGCGAUUUUUUGUUGGUGAACCAGUGUGGACUCCAUUCAAUCGCCCUCAUGAUCAUCUACCUGCAAGACAAGAAUAUGUCAAGACUUUUGUGGGAAAGGAUGUCGCCAACCAUGCCGUUGAUGCUGCUGCUGCUUAGGAUUUGGUUCUGCCCUAGCGUAGUGAGUGAAAAGGACUAGGAAUUUGCUACUAAAGUAACGUUUGAAAAAUGAAAAUAAUGGUCUAUUUUAAUAAAGGGUCCCGUCUAUGUAUGCUACGGUUUGAGGGUAAGGUGACCCUUGUAACUUUGAUGUUGUACUCUUUUCAGUGCUUUUGUUGCCCAUUACUGUAUAAAGAUUGCAAGGUAUUAUUACCAGAAAUGGUGACAGGAUAAACAUAAUAUUAUACUAAUGUAUUUAUCUUUGGCUGCAUUGAAUUUUAAAU